AUUUAUUAUAUUUGCAAUGAAGUCCACUGAUAAGUCAGUUGAUGUUCUCUUCAUCGGAGGAGGCCCGGCCGUCCUUGGAAUCUUAUCCAAUGCUAUCAAAAACAAUAAAAUAGGUGACCUCAUUGAUGGAGAAGGAAUCGCAGUUCUAGAGAAAUAGCGGUUCUUUCGGAGGCGGCUACUUACAAAAUUUCGUCAUUAAUAGCAACACCGCUGGUGAUGGAUUCCUUAAAUGAAUCUGUAAAAAACCUGAAAAGAAGAAUGAGAGAGUUCAAAGUCAGCCCCCUAUCAAAAAUGAAGCUAGUCCUAUGUCUCCAGUUCCAAAUAAGAAGAACUGGAUGGAUCAAGUAUUAAGCACCAAGAAGAGCUUUGAGGAGGAAAAACAAGCUGAGAAAGAUGAUGAACCUCUUGCUCAGUACGACAGUGAUAAUGAACUAGAUGAGGAUAAUUCUAAAUAUGCUCCUGGAAUGGCUCCUCACAAAAUAUUCAAUCCUUUGCCUAUAUUUAAGAGUCUGUAUUUAUCAAAUAUUUGCACUACUCUCAAGAAGUAUAGAGGGAUACCGGCGCCAUUAUCUUUGGUUGGAACCUUCCUUAAUUAUGUCGGCAAUACAAUUUUAUAUCAUAUUCAUGAAAAAUAUCGCAAGAAAGUGUUUUACCCUUUCACUGAAGUUAUCGCUCUGAAGCAACUCAUUUCUGGAGAUAUUCUUGUAUCAGCUAAGUCAAACAAGGAUGGAAAAGAGACUAGAAUGCAAUUCAGAGCCAAAGCAGUGGUCAUUGCUAACGGAGGAAAGCCUACAAUUCCGAAAUCUAUUUAUGCUGAAGUCCCAAAAGAGAAAUUGAUAACGGCUGAUUAUUUGCUCAAAAAGGACGGGCUUGAGGCCUUCACUGCUACUCUCAACAAGAACCCAAAGAAAAGGAAGAUAGUUAUCAUUGGAGGGUCUCAUUCUGGAUUUUCAUGUGCAUGGGUACUCUUAAAUGGUCCUGCUAGUUGAGUUCUUAAUAAAGAGAAGUACGAUUCAAGUAAUCAUUUGGCCGAUGCUCAUUUGGAUAAGCUUCCUAAAGGCGCUAAGGCUAUUGACUACCUUGGAAAUUUUGACCCUCAAGAACUCUUGUCAUUUGACAAGAAGUCAUUACCUCAAUUAUCAGAUGUGGAUAUCACUAUUCUCUAUAAAGAUAGAAUUAAGGUUUUCUACGGUAGAGUCAAAGAUGCAGUAGAAGCAGGCUAUUCGGAUUAUAAACCUUACUGAUUCAAGAACAAAAAUGGGUAUCUCUACUCCUUCACAGGGCUUCGUGGUGAUGCCAAGAAGCUAUACCUUGACAUCAACAGUGGCAAGGAGAAAAGAGUCAGACUAGUUAAAGCAGACACUUGGGAGGAACAAAAGUUGUAUGUCUCUAACGCAGACUAUGUCAUCCUCUCCUGAGGAUAUCAUACAUCAAAAGUUCCUAUCAGAACAUUUGAAGGCAAAGAAGUCAAAUUAGAUGUGAGAGUCGCAGGAACUCAGUAUGAAAUAGAUAACAAGUUCAGACUCAAAAUGUUCGAUGGAGGAGCACUCUCAAAAAUGUUCGGAUGUGGACUUGCUUAUCCCACACAUACGAAUGAUGGCAAAAUUGUUCCAGAAGUUGGAAAACCAAAUCCCAGAGCAGAUGGGUUCUCUCUGUAUAACAACUAUGUAGCCAAUAAAAUUCUGGAUAAUUUGAUUCCUAAAUCAAAGCUCUCCUCAAAAGUCCACUUCGUGUACUCAGAUAAGGCAUUGAAGAAAAGAAGAUUGCAAGAAGAAGAGAAAAGAAUUAAAUAAGGAAAGAAUGGACAAUCUUGUUAAGCAAGCCAAAGAAGCCAGAAUUAACAAUACAGCCAAAAAUAGUAAGAAAAAAGUGGUGAAUAAUGAACCACCAAAGCAGGGCGUGAAAGCAUCGCCUCCUGAGGCUCCUAAAACACCUGGGAAGAAAUCUUUCCCUACUAGAAUGAGAGACCAAAUCAAUAGCUGUAAGAAGCCUGAAUCUAAGAAGAUCAUAAAUGCAUUGGAGGAUUAUAAUAAGAAGCAGUCUGUUCCUCAAUAUAAUAAGAAGCUCUCAAAAGAUCGACUGAAUUACAAUCAUCGGCCAAAUGAUGAGUAUGCGACUAAACCAGCUGCAAAGACUCAUAACAAGGUGAAUAUGUCCAGAGCUUUGGUGAAGGAUUCCAUGAAGAAAGGAAAAGCUACUUUGCUGAGAAUGAAAUCUCCACCUCAAACGAUCUCAUCUAAAUUAGACAAAACUACGAAUGGAAAAUUCUCAAGACAUGGAACAAGACAUACAAAGAAAGUUACUCAAUCUCCUCAAAUGGGUGGAGGAACAAAGCCUCCAUCCAGAAGAAUGGGAGCUUCUCACUACAGAGUUGCGAUGGAAAGUGGAAAUUACAACAAAGGACAUAUAAGAAAUGGAGGAAUGACCAUGGGAGGAAUGGCCAUGGGAGGAACAGCUGAAUCCCCUGAAAAGAACUACGAAGUUCAACAAAUUCCGUUGAAAGUAUUUGACAUGCACGGUCAUACAAGACACCCAAUCAAGGCAGAUGAAAUGCAAGGAUCUACGAUUUACAAAAGAGAUAUGGAAUAUUCUCUCCCAAUGGGAGGUUCUAUCAGAAGGACAGCUAGCAAGCAAAGGAGAAGCAAGGACAGAGUUCACUGAUUAGAGAAAGAUAGCCCUGCUAAGGGGUCUCCAAGUGUUAAUAAUAUCCAUAAAGGGAGUGUCUUGGCUAAAGCACAGCAGAACUGAUCGCCAAUAAUAACAACGCAUCCUUAUAGACUUGGAUUUCUAUAUUAAUACCUGGACUGCAAC